UGUCCAGCUAGGCUAGGCUAGGCUAGGCUAGGCUAGCUAUGCUGCUAGUGACGCCCAGACGCGGCGCGUUGCUAAGUCGUGUCGAACCGAACCGGAGCUGAAGGAACCAAAGAGGAGGCAGGACAGCACCGACCGGCUGCCCAGAGGACACCCGGUCCAGUCAGAGGUUCUGGAGUUUUCUCGGUUCGCCGAACCCAGCGGGUCCGAAGCAGCUGCCCAGCGGAACCACACCCUCCCUGCUUCCUGAUAGAGAGGCGGCGGGAUCAUCUGGAUCUCCGGGAAAGACGCCGAACUUCCUCUCGGUAGAUCUGUGGUUCUGGGGCCGCAGAGGAGGCGAUCCACGGACUGGACCGGGACCGGGACCGGCUGGUAUGGAUGUAAACAAGCAGAACCUGCGGAGGAAACGGUGAGGCUCCCAGCGGAGCGGAGGAGGAACGCGGAGCGACUGACGGACGAUGCCGAGGCGUCCGGAGCCGCCGACAGCUUCCAGUCCAGGGCUCGGUUCCAGGAGGAAGCGGUGUUCAAUGACAGCAGCCGUGGGAAGCUGCGUGGAUCGGGUCGGAACCAGCAGGACCCACAGUGAGUGGAUGAGCAGGACAGGAUGACAUGGCUGAAUGAUGGACAGACCGGAGGACCCGCAGAGUUCUGGUUCUGGGACCCAGCUGGACUGAUAGAUCUAUAGAAAGACAGCAUCUAGAAGUGCAGCUCUUCUUCUUCUUCUCUUAUUUGGUUCUCCAAGCAGAACCCAGCGCCGCUGCCUGGGAGCGGAGGUCCAUGAGGGGCUGGGACCCCUCCAGCCUCAGAGCCAGCUGACUUUCUGAAACCGGCUGACCUUUGACCUGAGGAAUGCCAGCAGGUCGGUAGGAGGUGAAGCUCCCGCCUUGUCGCCAUGGCCACCGGCGGCUCUGGAAGGUCUAGGUGCGAGGCUGCGGCCGGCCCCCCGGGGGCCAGCCUGCAGCAGAGGAAGCGGCUGGCGUUCGUCUGCGACGCCUCUAAGGCGAAGGUCCAGAUGGUGGCGGACCUGCUGCUGCUGUCCAGCGAGACGCGGCCCGUUGUCUCCUCUGAGGGCGUGGCCAUGGCCGACACUUUUGACCAAUGCCGCGACACGCUGAUCGCCAGGACCAAGGAGCUGUCCAUCCUGACCCACGACCUCCAGAGCCAGCUGAACAUGGGCCGCUUCUCGGAGGUGGGGGAGCGCCUGCUGGAGAUGGCCGACCUGGUGGUGUCUCUGACCGAGCGCUCCGCCCACGCCGCCUACCUGGCCGCCGUGGAGACGCCCGGCUCCCAGCCCUGUCUGCCGGGCCUGGUGGACCGCUACAAGGUGACGCGGUGCCGGCACGAGGUGGAGCAGAGCUGCGGCGUCCUGCGGGUCUCCCCCCUGGCGGACCUCACCCCCCAGGUUCUGCUGGAGCUCUCCCAGAACAUCUCCGCCAACCUGAAGACGCUGACGGACAUCUCCAUGCUGGCCAGCGAGCGGUCUAGGGACCGCUUCGCCAAGGAGCAGUUCAAGCUGGCGGUGAAGUCCAUCAGCACCAGCGGCACCGCCUUCCUGGCCUGCAUCAAGGAGCUGAAGACCCAGCCCAGCGAGCUGACCCGGAACCGCUGCGUCCUCUUCAGCGCCGCGCUGGUGCAGGCCGUCGCCGCCUUGGUGGGCUUCGCCACGGAGCCUCAGUUCCUGGGCAGAGCGGCCGGCGUGUCUGCCGAAGGGAAGGGGGUCCAGACGGCGGUGCUGGGGGGGGCCAUGAGCGUGGUGUCGGCCUGCGUCCUCCUCACCCAGGGCCUCAGGGACGUGGCCCAGCAUCCCGACGGCGGCUCCAAGAUGGCCGAAUACCGAGAGCGUCUGCGUAACGCGGCGUGCGCCGUGUCGGACGGUUGCACCCUGCUGACCCAGGCGCUGAGGGAGCGCUCGUCCCCCAGGACGCUGCCGCCCGUCAACUCCCACCCGGGGACUUAGCUCGGGGGACGGCGCCCAUCCCUAAAGACGCUCACCUGGGUCAGGCUGUGGAUGGAGGAGGCCGGAACCUGGCCCCUGAUCCAAUGGACGUGUGGGGGGGCCACGGGGGCCCCUCAGUGUGGUUCUGCAGUGACCUGGUCUAUUAGAACUCUGCGUGUUUCUAUGUAUUUAUUUCAAUAAUAAAACCCAAGGUUGUUCACUGA